AUGGCAAGAUACAAGGGAGCUUCUACGUUGUUCCUACUAUAUCUCGUUCUCUUAUUCUAUUUAUGGAAGGAAAUGCCCAAGUUAUUAACGACACAAGUUGAGACUGUCAAGGAGAAAGUGUUCGAACCAUCACAAGGACCAUUCAGACAAUCUCCUGCUGUGAGAGCUCGACCACCAGGACCAAUUCAUAAACAGUUUUUGAAUGUCGAGAGCCCUCAUUCUUCACCCCAAAUCGUCGAUACCUUCCAGUAUAAAACUCUACCAGACGUACCAUCUUGGAACAAACCUCCAAAGGAGCAUGUUGUCGAGAAAACUCCUCUUUUCAUAGGGUUCACUCGAAACUGGCUUUUAUUACAGCAAUGCGUUCUAUCAUAUAUAACCGCAGGAUGGCCUGCAGAGGAUAUAUAUGUUGUGGAUAACACUGGUACGAUGAAAUCUAACUUUUCGCCCAAGUCAAAGAUCACACUCCAGAACCCUUCGUAUCUAAAUGUUGAUCGACUCACAAACGUGUUUGGGGUCAAGGUAAUUUCCACGCCCACACUCCUCACUUUUGCUCAACUUCAGAACUUUUAUAUUUACACCGCGCUUGAAAAUGGCUGGGAGAAUUAUUUCUGGAGUCACAUGGAUGUGGUCGUAUUCUCCGACGAAGACCUUACCCAUGCACCGCUAAAUCAGCAACGUGAUCCUGCGACUUCUCAUAAGUCUCUAUACAUGCGAGCGGUUGAGGAACUACGAAAGACCUCAGAUCCGAGUUAUGCGGAAGGAUAUGAUGGAUGGGGUAUUCGCUUCUUCGAGUAUGACUGGCUCGCGUUAAAUAAUAUGGAAAGCUUCGUGAAAAUGGGAGGGUGGGACCCGAUGAUUAGUUAUUACUCGUCUGACUGCGAUAUGUACCAGAGGCUUCAAAUGUCUGGUGUGAUGCUAGAUACAGCCGAGGCGGGGUGGGUUAUUGACGUGGGAAGAACCAUUGAUUUGAACUUGUUCUUCCGUCGAAAAUACAACCCAGAUAUGCCUCCGAAAACAGCAGCUGAAAUGAACGCAUUGGCGGAGGAUGAGAUGGGAGGAGAAGGUUUCAAACGUUUGUUACGCAUAGUAAGAGAUGAAGCGGAGCUGAAAAAUAGUGAUCCAAAAGAAAGAAAUAAUUGGCAACAGGAACAACUAGGUGGUAAAGGGGAACCAUUUCAUCGCGACCCGCGAGGCUUCGAACAAGCACUAAAGUUGUUGAUUAGAAGUGGAGAAGAGAUAUAUGCAGAGAAAUGGGGUCACACAGGUUGUGAUCUUAGAGAAUCUGGAUUACAAUUAGAGGAUGCUUGGAUGGUCGAACACGAUUGGGAGUAA